UUGAAAUAAUGUUGUCUUUUAUCUCAAGUUCUUACUGUAAAGCUCUAAUGUAAAAAUACUGUGCAAAAAUAAAAUGUUUUAAAAAGGUUGACAGGCCACGUAGUUGACUGGUUGAAAGCCACCAUAGAUAUAUAUAGGAAAUAGAUAGAUAUGUCUGUGGAAAGCCACAACGAGACUUUUAUUCUGAAAAAUGCAAAGACGCAACCUGGCUUUUAUUUUGGAAAGCAUCCAUACCAUGGCAUUGCCUCCGCACGUCCUGGUAAACACCUCUGUUAUGAUCUUGUUUAUUGUCUGCCUCAGGAUAAAAAGAGAGACAUUAAAAUGAGUAAUCCACUUAGAGGUGAAGUUAUAAGGUUGUACAAAAAUCUUCUGUAUCUUGGACGGGAAUAUCCAAAAGGCACUACAUACUUCAGGGAGCGUCUGAAAGCAGCUUUCAUGAAGAACAAAGAUGUCACCGAGCCUGAGAAAAUCCAAAAGCUGAUUGACCGUGGAGAGUUUGUGAUCAAAGAACUCGAGGCACUUUACUUCCUCAGGAAAUACAGAGCAAUGAAGAAACGCUACUAUGAACCAGAGCAUUAAUCGAUGUUUCUGUCGCAUGUGCCAGACUGUACAGUAUAUAUGUCAAAUCAUUAUUUUCUGUACAUUUCUGAAAGUCUGUAUUUGAUGUGUUGCACAUAACAGAUUUGGACAUAAACAUUUAUUUUUACUA